UCGAUCGGUAGCGGGAGCGGAGAGCGGACCCCAGAGAGCCCUGUGCAGCCCCACCGCCGCCGCCGGCCUAGUUACCAUCACAUCCCGGGAGGAGCCGCAGCUGCCGCAGCCGGCCCCAGUCACCAUCACCGCAACCAUGAGCAGCGAGGCCGAGACCCAGCAGCCGCCCGCCGCCCCCCCCGCCGCCCCCGCCCUCAGCGCUGCCGACACCAAGCCCGGCACGACGGGCAGCGGCGCAGGGAGCGGCGGCCCGGGCGGCCUCACAUCGGCGGCGCCUGCCGGCGGGGACAAGAAGGUCAUCGCAACGAAGGUUUUGGGAACAGUAAAAUGGUUCAAUGUAAGAAACGGAUAUGGUUUCAUCAACAGGAAUGACACCAAGGAAGAUGUAUUUGUACACCAGACUGCCAUAAAGAAGAAUAACCCCAGGAAGUACCUUCGCAGUGUAGGAGAUGGAGAGACUGUGGAGUUUGAUGUUGUUGAAGGAGAAAAGGGUGCGGAGGCAGCAAAUGUUACAGGCCCUGGUGGAGUUCCAGUACAAGGCAGUAAAUAUGCAGCAGACCGUAACCAUUAUAGACGCUAUCCACGUCGCAGGGGUCCUCCACGCAAUUACCAGCAGAAUUACCAGAAUAGUGAGAGUGGGGAAAAGAAUGAGGGAUCGGAGAGUGCUCCUGAAGGCCAGGCCCAACAGCGCCGGCCCUACCGCAGGCGAAGGUUCCCACCUUACUACAUGUGGAGACCCUAUGGGCGUCGACCACAGUAUUCCAACCCUCCUGUGCAGGGAGAAGUGAUGGAGGGUGCUGACAACCAGGGUGCAGGAGAACAAGGUAGACCAGUGAGACAGAAUAUGUAUCGGGGUUAUAGACCACGAUUCCGCAGGGGCCCUCCUCGCCAAAGACAGCCCAGAGAGGACGGCAAUGAAGAAGAUAAGGAAAAUCAAGGAGAUGAGACCCAAGGUCAGCAGCCACCUCAACGUCGGUACCGCCGCAACUUCAAUUACCGACGCAGACGCCCAGAAAACCCUAAACCACAAGAUGGCAAAGAGACAAAAGCAGCCGAUCCACCAGCUGAGAAUUCGUCCGCUCCCGAGGCUGAGCAGGGCGGGGCUGAGUAAAUGCCGGCUUACCAUCUCUACCAUCAUCCGGUUUAGUCAUCCAACAAGAAGAAAUGAGUACGAAAUUCCAGCAAUAAGAAAUGAACAAAAGAUUGGAGCUGAAGACCUUAAGUGCUUGCUUUUUGCCAGUUGACCAGAUAACUAGAACUAUCUGCAUUAUCUAUGCAGCAUGGGGUUUUUAUUAUUUUUACCUAAAGACGUCUCUUUUUGGUAAUGACAAACGUGUUUUUUUAAAAAAAUAAAAAAGCCU